UUCUGUGGUCCAAUAAUUUCCGUUACAGAAUAUAGCGACCAUGAUGUCCAACGUCAAUUUGAAUUUUUUACGAUUUUCAAUUAAACGUUGAUAAGAAUUUCGUGGGGUUUUCGCGAACCAAUCAGCAACCGAUAGUGCUGCAAUAAUCCGGUACAGAUGUUACAAAAUCCAAGAAUUCCCCGACCUUGAUUUGACAUUUUGGAUAUUCGUAUAGGAAGAGGGCAUUUCUGUCGAUAAGGAUUUUGGAAAAUGUCAGUAAAUGAUCCGGCAAUCAAAGAUUUGAAAGGAUGCGCCCAAAGAUUCCUCGAAGAACCUUCCGGCAAAAUCGACGACGAGAACCGUUUCCUGCCUUCCUUCUGUCAGAAAAUCGAAACGAUCUUCUAUACGGGACUCAGGAACACCAAGAAGUACUUCGCGAGAGAAGAAGAGCCUUACGAGUGGAUGGAAGAGGUGGCUCGAGACAAGUGUUGGAAAUUUCCGUUUCAAUACUUGAACUCCCUCUACGAAGUGCAGAAAAAUCAGUGUUUGAAGAGUAGACUGGGGAAGUUCAGGCUGCUCCUGAGGUAUUGCUUGGUGAAUAGGUGUCUGCAUGCGCCGGUGGAGUAUUUGUUGAAAAAUGGAAAAUCCGAGCAAUUUUAUCGUGAAAACUGCAUAUUAGGCGACGAGAUCUUAAGCGAGAUCUUGCUGUCCGUUUUGUUGCAAUGCGGAACCAUAAAAUUCGACCUGGAUCUGUCUAACGUAUACUUUCUGGAGUCCACUUGGCUGCUUCCAGAUGUCGUUCGUGUGGAGGUAGUACCCAGUUGUUCUCUGGGACUAUCGGUGACUUUUUCCGAGGAAAAAGCCGUCAUUGUCAAUAUGGACCCGUACGGACCAGCAGCUGAAAGUGGACAAGUGGAAAUCGGGGAUAUCCUAGAAAGCAUCAAUGAUGUCCACAUCGAUUCUUCCAGUCGAGGAAAACUUAGCUGUCUACUGAAGAGACAGAAAUCCAUUCCGAUUUCCCUGACUAUAGUCAAAGCCUUGAAGACGUCGAACAAUAACACCCUGUUUAUACCGUUGCGCAAAUAUCUGCUGGACGUGAAUCUGGACAUCCUGCAGAUCCAGAACAGGAAGAAGGAGGUACCGGACGAGGAAAAAUCAAGCAACAUAUCAAGGGACGGAUUUCGGUGCGUUUUCGUAGGUUCGGUGAGAAUAGGUACUGAGGGAGAUUCCAGACAGGUCGAGAAGACCAUAAGGGACAUAAUGAAGUACAGAUAUCACACAGGUGAUAAACCCUGGAAUAGGUUCAAUAAGCACAUCUUUUUGCAAAUAGGUGAAAUGGCGGUGAAAGUUUUGGAACAGGAUACUGGAAAGGUACUUUUCGAUCACGCUUAUAUGGAUAUUUCGUCAUGUGGUUCUUCUUCGAUCUAUUACAACUAUUUCGGAUACGUCAAAGGAAACGAUCGAGAGGAGCCUGGUCAAUUUACAUGCUAUGUCUUUUAUACUAAAAGAAAAGACGAUUUAACUAUGAUGCUGAGUAGUAUUGGACAGGGAUUCAAAAGGACGACAUAUGCAGUGUGACGAGGACAAAAAUACUGAGGGCUUUGGGUAAAAAAUAUCGUAAUAACAAUUUAAUACUUCACAGAUAUAAGGUUAUAAUCACAGGUUAUUAUACAUUAUAUAAUAUAAAAUCAAUCUUUUAAUGUAUCUAUAAUAUUUCUCAAAGAUUAUUAAAAUAAUGGUAACAUCAA